AUGGCGGGAGCGGCGACAGAGGAGCCCGAGUUGAGGAGCGACAGAGACAGGAGAGGAGAGAGAGAAAACCUAACAGACUACAACAGCGCAAUAGAAACGGAGAACGGAAUAAGCGAGGCAUGGAAGACGCCGGGCGCGUCGCCGAAACAGAAGAAAAGGGGAAGAUUAACAAAUGCAGAUAGGAGGGAGAAAAACUCGGGUCAGGCACAAACACUGGAGUCACUCUGGAAAAGAAAGAGGCAAGAAGAACAAGGACAUGGAGACGACGAGGAUUCCGAGGACCAAACUCCGACCAAAACAGCGACCAAGAAGUACAAAAUAAGGAAAACGCCAGAGUCAGGGAAAGUAAAUAGGGACGACGGAGAACACCAAGCAGAGGGCCUUAAGACUACAAAGGGAAUAACAAAAGCCCUGGAAGAGAUUACAAAAGGAAUGAAUCAGAUGGUGACAGAAUUGAAGAUACUACGGGACGAAGCCAACGUAAGUAGGAAUGAGGCGAGAGAGGAUAAGGAGAGACUGAUAAAUCUAAUAGAAAUAGUAAAGAACCAGGGAGAGAAUGAAAGAAGGAGGCUGGAAGAGAGAAUACAGAGGCUAGAAAAUAACAUAGCAGAAAAAGAUAAUCUACACAGAGAACACUGGGAAAGAAUGAAGAAGGAAGUUGCAGAGGAAGCGAGAAUCACUGCGGAAGAAGUGGACAAUGAAAGAAGGACGGAGUCGAGAGAGCUAGAAGGAAUGAUCAGAGAGGUUGGAAGAAAGAUAGAGGCAAAGGACAGACAGGAAAGGAGAAAUAACAUAGUGAUCAAGGGCCAGGAUCUCCCCACGGGUGGAAACGCAGCAGAGGUGGCAAGUGAGAUUAUCGAAAGGAUCACAAGAAAAAAAAUAGGAAUAAGGGAAACAAUAGACAUGAGAGGAGCACAAGGAAAGGCAAUACUAGUAAAAGUACAAAGCUGGGAAGAAAAGAGGAAAAUAAUGGGACAAAAAAGACACCUGGCGGAGGAAAAAAUCUUCAUAGACGACGACCUCACAGACAAGGAACGGGAUAUACAGAGAAGGAUUUUAGAAAGAGCCAGAGUGGAAAAGGAAAAAGGAAGAAGAACGAAGGUAGGAUACAAGAAAAUACUGAUAGAAGAGACGCAAUGGGAAUGGAACGAAGAGACAGAGAGCUUGGUGGAAAGAAGAAGUACAAGGGCGAAUGAGCAGAACAGGAGGGGCGGGGAUAGAGGUAUAAGAGAGAAGGACGAGGAUUUCUGGGAGUACUUAGAGGAAUUUGAUAUCAUAGGCCUGACAGAAACGUGGUUAGAAGAAAAAGAGUGGACAAGUUGGGAGAAAAGACUACCGAAAACAUGGAAAUGGAGAUGCCAGGGCGCAGACAGGCAAGAGAAAAAAGGCAGAGCCAGGGGAGGAAUAAUCACAGGAGUGAAAUACGGUUUAGAGGAGGACGGAAUAAUCCUGAGAGGUGAAGGGAUACAGGAAGUGAGAAUAAGACGGGAGGAUGAAAUAUGGAGAGUGAUCACAUUCUACAACAGAGGGGGGGCGAAAGAAAAAUUGAAAGAACUAGAGGAGACAGUAGGAGAAGAACGGGAAGAAGAAAAUCUAAUCAUCGGAGGGGACUUCAAUGCACGAAUAGGAGAAAGGGGAGGCAGAGAUAAUUUCGAAGACCCAACAGAAACAGGAAAAAGACGGGCGAAGGACAAAAAAGAAAACAAAGAGGGGAAAGAGCUGAUGAAAGUAAUAGAAGACAGGGGAUGGUCAAUUCUAAAUGGAAAUAAAGAGGAUGCCGAGGAGGGAGAAUGGAAGUUCCACAAAGGCCCCAAAAGAACAACAAUUGACUAUGGUAUAAGUAAUGAGAGAACUUGGGAAAAGAUAAACAGUUUCAAGAUAGGCUGCAGAACAGAAUCAGACCAUCAACCAAUCAUUGUAACGAUAGGAAGCAACAGAAAGCCAGCAAAGAACGAAAAAACGAAAGAAGGAAUGUACAUACAGGUGUGGGACGAAAAAGAGGCAAAGGCAUUCAAAGAAAGAAUGGAAACAGUAAACUGGGCAGCGUCAGGGGUGGAAGAAGAAUGGACUGAGCUACAGAAGGAGGUGGAAAAAGCAACAUCAACAAGAAUUCGAAAACCAGGCAAUAAGACCGGAUAUAAAGCAUGGUGGGACAGAGAAUGCAAGGAGAUGAAAAUAGAGCUACGAAAAGAGUGGAGAAAGGCGAGAGAAGGCAAAGAAGAGGACGAACAGGCAUUCAAGGCGAAAAGAGGAAUAUACAAAAAGAAAUGCGAAGAAAAGAGGUUGCAAUGGACAAGGAAUGAAGAGAAAGAGCUAGAGGGAAUAAAAGAUGAAAGUGAAGCAUAG